AUGUUGUUGAAGUCUUUUUUGUGCUGCCUUGGUGCAAGUUCAUUUGUUUUCAGUGCCCCAGUUCAUCACAAGGAUGCAGAACUAGUUCAUUCAACUGCUACGUCAGAAUCUUACAGCAUAUCAAAUGCUACAAAUGUGCUUCAAAAUGAGUUAGAGUCUAUAAUGAUGGUAAAGCAUUUAGACAAUUCAUCAGCAAGUGAAGAAGACCUCCAAGAAGAUGUUUUGGUUAUUCCAAGACACCAUAUUAACGAAAAAGUAAUGAAUGGGCUUGGUUUCAAACAUAUCAUCAAGCACGCCAAAAAGUUCAAAAUGUCAAAUCAAGCAUUUGAUGCCCAAUUAGAGAUUAUGGUACCUGAAAAGACCAAACCUCUUUUUUUAUUCAAUACAACUGAUCCUCUCAAAAUCCCAUUGCAGAAGACAAGAACUGAAUACGCAUCUUUUAUUGAUCAUGCAAUUCCAUUUGAAUUACCAGAGUUUACGUCAUUGAUAGAUUAUUAUCUUGUUUUACCGGUUCCAACAGGCUUUGAUAAGAAAUUGUUACAUGAAAAUGAUAUUAUUUUGACCUCAAGGUUUAAAUUACCAAUUUUCAAACAUUCUUUGGAAGAAAGCGAUCCAUUAUUAGUUUUUAUGUUUAGAAGUGGUAACAGUGUUUUUGAAGCCAAAGAAUAUAAUAUCCCUUUAAUGAAGGUUAAAAAUUAUAUGGGUAAUCAAGAUCUCAAUUUGUUCUUUGAUAUUUUUGCUCAAAAUUGGAUUAGCUCGGUUGGAUAUUCACAUUUGAUACAUUCAGUGUUUUGUACUCUGAAUAUUGAAGCUGCCACACAAAGUUAUUGUAUCAAAAUUAAAGAAGAUAUGAACAACUUGGUUUUAUUCCCAGCGUUCAACGGACUCAAGAAACAUAUUAAAAGAGACCGCUUAACUGAACGUGAUACAGCUUUCAGCUCAAAAACUUCUACACAAAGGACAAAUGAAGAUUCCAAUUUCCCUGAAUUGACUUUACCAUUAUCUAUUAUUAAAGAUAAUGAUGAGGAAUCUGCCACUAGUGUUGACACAUACACCCCAAGAGCUAAAGGUUAUUCACAGGUGGUUACAAAAUUGAAAACAAUCAAGCACAAAUUACAAGGGAGAGAUGCUGGAGUUGUUGAUAAACACUAUGAAGCUUCAAAAGUAGAACAGUUGAAAAAUGAAAUUGAACAUAGAUUGAAGUUGAAAAAGGACAAGAAAAAAGAUAAAAGUGAUUCAAAUACAUUUGUUAUAUCAAAAGCUUCAAAAGAUGAUGAACGUGAACUUACAAAGAGUGGGAAAAGAAUCAAAAAACUUUUCAAAACUAAGGCCUCCAAAGAACCAGUUAGUGAAGAAGAACAAAAGAUGAUUCAAAAGCAAACCAAAGAUACAAUUAAAGAGAUCAAAUCAUAUGCAACUACAGCUGCUACUAAAGAACAGUUGAAGGAGAAAACUGGUAAUGUUGUUGAAGAAUGCGUACCUAUCACUUGGGUUAAUGUCUUUCAUCAGAGCAUAUUUGGCAAGCAAAAGUUUUGUGGAAUGUGA